AUGGUUCAUCAGCGGAUUCGAAAGGAGACAGGGGAGGAAGCGUUCGUUCAAGGUAGCUCCUUGGGCAGCCCUAGGCUAGCUUCACCUGUGAACUUCACUAAUCAUAUCCAACCGGUGUGUGUGUCAAGGACGAUGAAGAUCAUGAACGACAAACAAAGUGGCUACGUAACUGGCUGGGGAGUCACCAGCGAAGGCGGUGCUGCAUCGAGUAAGCUUCGACAGGUGAUGGUGCCAUUCCUUAGCCCGAAAGAAUGUGAACUUGAAUACAAGGGUGAACUAGACGAGACAAUGGCCUGUGCCGGCAGGAAAGGUGUUGACAGUUGCCAGGGAGACUCAGGUGGUCCUCUGGUCAUGAAACAUAAUGAGUCAAAUCGAUGGUAUCAGGCAGGAAUUGUGAGCUGGGGACAAGGAUGCGGUGAAGCGGGACACGCAGGUGUCUACUCCAGACCGGCAGGGCCAAUUGUGAUUUUAUCGAGAAAUAUACCGGAAGAUCAAUCUGUGUGGAUUGAUUUA